AUGAGCUCUUCGUGGGGCGAGACGCUGUUCGCCUCGCCGCUCUACACAGAGCGCGGCUGGCGCCCGAGCGCCAGCGCUGUCCCGUACUUCCAAGGCGCACUGGUCUUCAUGACGCUCGUGUACCUCUUUGAGACGUACCUCGACGUGCGGCAGCACCGGAAGCUGCACGACAGCCGCUUUCCAGCGCCAUUGCAAGAAGCGAUCCAGGGACUCGGCCAGUAUCGCGGGCGCCAGUCAGACGCAGCCGACGGUACCCAAUUGGACGGCACUAUACAAGCAGAGCGCACGGUACUCGCUGCCACAGUGGCAAAGUUCGACACGAGUCGCCAAUACGGUCUCGACAAGAGCACGUUUGGCUUUGUGCGGGGCGCGUACCAGCAAGUGGAAGCGACAGCGCUGUUGCUGUUGGGUUAUCUCCCGUACAUGUGGACAGUGAGUGGCCAAGCGGUGGCUGCGCUCGGACUGGACGCGUCGAACGAGAUCUACUGCGCGCUGAUGCUCCUGACGCUCACGACGGUUCGGGACACGGUCGUUGACGUUCCGUUUGGGCUCUACUCGACGUUUGUCGUGGAAGCGCGCCAUGGGUUCAACAAGCAGACGCUCGGGCUCUUUGUCACGGACAAGCUCAAAGCCCUGGGCCUCUUUGUUGCCAUCGGGUACCCCGUGACAGCGCUGCUCAUUUUCGUGAUCCGGUGGGGCGGGCCGUACUUUUACGUGUACGUCGGGGCGUGCCUCUUUGUGCUGUCCGUCGUCAUGAUGACGCUGUACCCCGUGCUGAUUAUGCCGCUGUUCAACACGUUUACGCCGCUGGAAGAAGGCGCCCUUCGGACGCGGAUCGAAGCGCUCGCGGCGAGGCUCGGGUUCCCACUGACCAAGUUGUUUGUCACGGACGGCUCCAAGCGCUCGAGCCAUAGCAACGCGUACUUUUUCGGGCUGUUCAAGAGCAAGCGCAUUGUGCUGUUUGACACGCUGCUGGAGCAAGCAACGCACGACGAGAUUGUCGCGAUCUUGGGCCACGAACUCGGCCACUGGCAGCUGUGGCACACGGCGCAGGGCUUUGUGAUCCAGCAAGUGUACACGCUCGCGUCGUUCUACGUGUUUGGCCUGUGCAUGCACAACGCCGAGCUGUUUGCGAGCUUUGGCUUUGCAGGGGACGCGGCCAAGCCCGUGAUCAUUGGGUUCCUGCUCUUCUCGCAGACCAUGUGGGCGCCCGUCGAGCACGUGCUGUCGUUUCUGAUCACGCUGAACACGCGCAAGAACGAGUUCCAAGCAGAUGCGUUUGCAGUGGACCUCGGCUUUGACGCGGCGCUCAAGUCGGGGCUGACCAAGCUCGCGAUCGAGAACUUGGCCAACAUGAACCCGGACAGGCUGUACAGUGCCUACCACUACAGCCACCCGCCUCUCGUCGAGCGCCUCAACGCAAUCACUGCGCGUGCCAAGAAGUCGCAGUAA